CCUCUUAAUCGUCCGAGGAAGCAAACACAGAGAGAGGGAACUCAGGGAAGGGAAGCGAAUUGUAGAGAGCAUGUCGUCCAAAGAAGCCCAAAAGUUUCCGUCGAUAACUGCAUGUACUGGACCGAAUUACCGAUCCAUUGCAGCGGAUCUCGACGGUACGCUUUUGAUUUCCAGGAGCUCCUUCCCGUACUUCAUGCUCGUGGCAGUGGAGGCCGGUAGCCUCCUUCGAGGCUUCGUGCUCCUCCUCGCUCUGCCUGCAGUCAUUGUUUCUUAUCUUUUCAUUUCCGAAGCAAUUGGAAUCCAGAUUCUCAUCUUCAUCUCCUUCGCCGGCCUCAAGAUCCGCGACAUCGAGCUCGCCUCACGCGCUGUCUUGCCAAGGUUUUAUGCUGCUGAUGUGAGGAAGGAGAGCUUCGAGCUGUUCGACAAGUGCGAGAGGAAGGUUGUUGUGACGGCGAAUCCGAUUAUCAUGGUGGAGCCGUUUGUGAAGGAUUUUCUGGGCGGAGACAAGGUUUUGGGGACGGAGAUUGAGGUUAACCCUAAAACAAAGCGGGCCACUGGAUUCGUGAAGAAGCCCGGUGUUUUAGUCGGGAAAUGGAAGAGACUCUCCAUCUUGAAGGAGUUCGGAGAAGAAUCGCCUGAUCUCGGAAUCGGCGACCGCGAGUCCGAUCACGAUUUCAUGUCAAUUUGCAAGGAAGGAUACAUGGUCCCACCUAGCAAAUCAGCUAAACCUGUACCACAAGAUCGUCUCAAGAGUCGCAUCAUAUUCCAUGAUGGACGCUUCGUUCAGCGUCCUGACCCACUCAACGCCCUGAUAACCUACAUCUGGUUACCGUUUGGAUUCAUCCUUUCUAUCAUCCGCGUGUACUUCAAUCUCCCUCUUCCUGAACGGAUCGUGAGAUACACGUACGAAAUGCUCGGUAUCCACCUUGUCAUUCGUGGGACCCCACCUCCUGCCCCAUCAAAUGGGUCCCGUGGUAACCUCUACGUCUGCAAUCACCGUACAGCACUUGAUCCAAUAGUGAUUGCAAUAGCACUCGGACGUAAAGUCUCGUGUGUUACAUACAGCGUAAGCCGUCUCUCGAGAUUCCUCUCUCCAAUCCCAGCCGUUGCUUUGACCCGCGAUCGGGCGGCUGAUGCCGCACGAAUCUACGAACUGCUGGAGAAGGGUGAUUUAGUGGUUUGUCCAGAAGGCACCACGUGUCGGGAGCCGUUCUUGUUGAGAUUCAGUGCUUUGUUCGCAGAGUUGAGCGAUAGGAUCGUUCCUGUGGCAGUGAAUUGUAGACAGAGCAUGUUUUAUGGGACGACCGUACGUGGUGUGAAAUUUUGGGACCCAUAUUUCUUCUUCAUGAAUCCAAGGCCACAGUACGAGAUCAGAUUCCUUGAUCGGUUGCCGGAGGAGAUGACGUGUAAAGCCGGAGAGAAAUCGUCGAUCGAGGUGGCGAAUUAUGUGCAGAAGGUGUUGGGUGAUGUGCUGGGGUUUGAACGCACUGGAUUGACUAGGAAGGACAAGUAUCUGUUGCUUGGAGGGAAUGAUGGGAAGGUGGAGUCCAUUCAUAAUGCUAAAAAACAGUGAAGUUUCUUUUAAUGGUAUUGUUGUCAAUUUCGUUUGAGAUAAGAAAUCAUGUGUGAUUGAUUGGGAUGUCCGAUAAAACUUAAUAUAUAGUCAUUGUGAGAUCGAUGUAUUGAGAUGCUUUUCAAGAAAGACAUAUUUGUUACUUGUAUUUGACAUCAGAGUUUUGAAUUUUAAUGUAGAAGUUGCUUAUUGGACUUGUUA